AGAAAGAGAAAGAUAUACAGAGGUUGCAAUCAGCAAAAAUCAAAGCAAAGCUGUUUGCCUCUCUCUCUCUCUUUCUCUCUCUCUCUCUCUCACACACACACAUUUGAUCAUAUUCUUUUCCAAAACCCUGUUUUGUUUCUCUCUCUACAAUCUUUUCCUUUACUAAGCAUAUUUGUUUUUUCCCUUUAAUGAGUCUCCAUUUUUAGACCUCCCUUUUCUAUUCUUGUUCAUAAAAACCUCAAACCCAAAUCAGAUUCUCAUUCUCUCACACUCCCAAAUCCAUCAAAUUCUUUAAACCCAUUUCCAUUUUCUCUCAGAGACCCCCGAAAACAUAGUGUACUUAUUAAUUAAUUUUCUCUGAAUUUUUUUUAUAUACAUAUAGUUAUAUAUAUAGUAUAUUACUGGGGGAUUUUUUUUUUUUGGUGGGGGUUGUGUGUGUGAAUCUAAUGGCUGCGGUGGCUGAAGUGCCUGGUGAGGCAGUGGCUGCCAAGACCUUAGACACCAAACCCACAUCGGAAUCUGAAAUCAAUGUGCAAGUGCAAGAACUUGUUGCCAUGUUCAAAAAGUUGAAUCCUUUAGCCAAAGAGUUUUUUCCUUCCUCUUACCCAAAUCAUCAAAAUAGCUUUUAUUUUCUGAACAAUGGUCAAUUGUCUCCCAACAAUUUUGCUGACACCAAUAAGCCUUCUGGCAAUGAUUUCUAUCCCAACAACCGCAGGAGAAGAAACAACUAUAACCAGGGGAGGAGAAGGUUGAAUGGGAGAGCUUUCAAAGCUCAACGAGAAGAUAGCAUUAGACGAACGGUUUAUGUUUCUGAUAUUGACCAGCAUGUCACUGAAGAGCGGCUUGCUGCCUUAUUUAGUAGUUGUGGCCAGGUUAAUGAUUGCCGAAUUUGUGGUGAUCCGCAUUCAGUUCUACGUUUUGCAUUUGUGGAGUUUGCUGAUGACCAUGGUGCAAGAGCAGCUCUAGAACUUGGAGGGACGAUGCUUGGGUACUAUCCGGUUAGGGUUUUACCUUCAAAAACUGCCAUCCUUCCUGUGAACCCUACAUUCCUUCCUAGAUCAGAGGAUGAACGGGAAAUGUGUGCCAGGACAGUCUAUUGUACAAAUAUUGAUAAGAAGGUUUCUCAAGCUGAAGUGAAGAACUUCUUUGAAACAGCCUGUGGUGGUGAGGUUACUCGCUUGAGGCUUUUGGGAGAUCAUGUUCAUUCAACUCGUAUAGCUUUUGUUGAAUUUGCACUGGCGGAAAGUGCCACUACUGCACUGAGUUGCAGUGGGAUGAUAGUAGGAACCCAACCCAUCAGGGUAAGUCCAUCAAAGACACCCGUGAGGCCACGAGUUACUCGCCCAACAUUGCAUUAACUAAUCAUCAUUGUCCAAGACACAUGGAUGGAAUUGGGUCAACUUCCCAGUUGAGAGAGACUUGUGUUGAAGGGGUGGUGAAACUUUCGUUUUUUAUUUUUUUGUUUUUUAUUUUUUUUGGUCUUCAGUAUUUCCAUCUUUUCUGUCUCAGCAGUUACUUUUUCUGUGACUGAACAUAUCGUGAUCCUGCUUCAAUUGAAGUUUUACAAGACCGGGCCUCGGUCUGAGAAUUUUUCCUUGUUCCA